CGUUACUGGUAUAGCAAACCAAAAGGAUUCAUAUGGUUAUGCCUUAGAAAUAAAGAUAUCUUACAGUUUAGAUAACGUACUCUGGAGAUACUAUACUGGUGGAAAUGCUGACAAUAUUCCCAAGGAUAUAGACGUCAAUCCAGUACUAGCUAUAGAUGAAAUCAGGAUGGUCAAUUUACGUACUUUUACCGCAAGAUAUCUUGCCAUUCAAAUAUUGACGUUCUCAUCUCGUCCUUGCAUGAAACUUGAGGUCUACGGUUGCCAAGCGGUAUCGCACUGUCCCAAGCCUUUAGGAAUGACAUCUGGAAAAAUUGCCAAUGAGUCCUUAUCAGCUUCGAGCUACCUCGGCCCAGACUUCUUCCCUUGGUUUGCGCGUCUAGACACCAAAAAUGCCGGUGGAGGGUGGUGUGCGGCAAGCAAUAAUAUCAGUGAAUUGAUUCAAGUGGAUUUGAAAGACCAACACAAAUUGACAAAAAUAAUUCUUCAGGGUAGGGGAGUGGAACAUGUUAGCGAGAGUGCAUGGGUUAAUAAGUUCUCAUUAGAAUACAGUAUGGAUGGAAUGAAAUGGACAAAACACACUGAAAACGGGACUCAGGAAUUCGAGGGGAAUACUAACAGCGACAAAAGAGAGAUCGCCUUUACUCAACCAAUAAUGGCCAGAUUUGCCAGGAUUCUCACACUCGAAUGGCAUAAUUGGACGUGCCUUCGCUUUGAAUUCGAGGGCUGCAAUGCUCGAACAGUUCCUUUUGGCUUCGAAACUGGCGAAUACCAAUUGGAAAAUCUAAUAUCAAGUAACCAAUAUAAAGAGAAUCACACAAGAUUAAACCAACCAAACCCUGACGGACUUCCUCUGGAAAUCGAUGCAUUUUCUAGUGUCUACAGCUAUCUGCAGAUUAGAAUUGAGCCUUACGGAAGAGUAGCCACAGCAAUUGCUUUACAGGGUUAUGACAGUAAAUGGAUAUCCACUUACCUCAUAUCUCUCAGCAAUGAUGGCAAACAUUUCACUUAUUAUAUGGAAAGAGGUCAUCCCAAGAUUUUUGAAGGCAACAAGGAUUCGCAAGAUGUCAGUCGUCAGUCAUUUUUCACUGAAAUAAGAGCACGCUUCAUGCGUAUUCUUCCAAGAACAAUUAAUAAUGGCUAUGAUUUUAGAAUGGAACUCUACGGAUACGAAGUAUGCAGCAAUCCAUUAGGAUUGCAGGAUGGGCGAAUAGCAAAUGAUGCAAUAACCGCUAGUUCAUUCAAUCCUGGAUCCGAACCAUGGCGUGUGCGGCAUGGUACAAGUGGCUCUUGGUCACCAAAGUCAGCAGUUGACAGUUGGCUUCAGGUUGAUGUAGGAAGAAUUGUUAGGCUUACUGCUGUAGCAAUGGCAUAUGACGAAACUCUAGAUAAAGGUGUAAAAGCAAUUAGAUUGGCUUCUAAAAAAUAUAUAGCCGAUAAAUGGUUUGAGUACGGUAUACAGGGCAAUGAUUACAAGGUUUUCAAUUGUUUACCUGACUGUAGAUUACUCACUAAAACGGCCAUUGAAGGUGAUUCCAUCAUAGCCAGAUAUAUCAGAGUAAUAGUCGUUCGAUAUGAAAACCAUCCAUACAUGAAGCUGGAGCUCUACGGCUGUGAGCAAGUUUGUAUGGAAGACCUAGGAAUGGAGGCCUCCUUCAUUAAAGAUGUUUCAAUCACUGCUUCGAGUGCUCUUAACCAACAAAGUUUGCCAUCUCAAGCAAGACUAAAUACCAAUCAGGGGUACGGAGCUUGGUGUGCAAAUCACACAGAUGCUUCGCCUUAUCUACAGAUCGAUCUGCGCUGGCUGCAUGAAGUUCGCGCCAUUUCAACACAAGGGCAACACUCCCUGUAUGGUGAUUCUUGGGUACAGCAGUAUACUAUGUCAUAUCUUAAAGAACCAAGUAAUGAAACGUGGGAAAAAUACAUGGAGAGUAAGGUCGCAAAGGUCUUUGUGGCUAAUGAUGAUAGUGUGACUGUAGUCCAGAACGUCUUAACAUCACCAAUAACGGUUCGUCUCUUACGAAUUCAUCCUAUUUCUUGGUCAGGAAAAGCGUGUUUACGGUUGGAGGUCUAUGGGUGUGAAGUUUCAAGGAAUGAUUACAUUGUACCUCUUGGAAUGACGAGUAUGGAAAUCCCAGACCAAAACAUCAUUGCCAGUUCCUAUAAUACAUCAUUCGAACCUUGGAAAGCAAGGUUUCAAAUGGAUGGUUGGAUGGCGCCUCAGAUGCCAAAUCAGUUCCUUCAAAUCGACCUUGGAAUGAUUGACGCUGAGAUUCUUGCCAUAGGUACAAGGCAUCCAUUUCAGAAAGACAGAAGGGUUCUUGAAUUCUUCCUAUCAUUCAGUGACGAAGGCUUAUUUUGGUAUCAAUACAUGGAAUAUUCUAAACCCAAGCGAUUUCAUAACGAAAUUCAUCCGUACAAGGGCGUGCAAAAACACUUUCUUUCACAACCAAUCAAGACCCGAUAUCUGAAGUUUGAGGUGGCAAGAUGGAAACUUAUAAAUAGCUUCACAGUUAGCUUAGAACUUUAUGGUAAAAAAGGCGUACCUAUUUCGAAGUUCAAUGCAGUUACAUACAGCGCUUCGUCCUACAUAUACAGCAAUCCCCCAAGAGCUGCAGUUUUAGGUGGUAGCAGUGCAUGGUGUGCAGAGUACGUCGAUAAUCGACAGUUUCUUCAGCUUGACUUGGGCAAGUCGUUUCCUAUCACUGGGGUUGAAACUGCCAAUGUCUCCAUUUUGGAAACAAUGAACACUUUUAUCGUUUCAUCCUCAAUUUAUGGCAAUAUCUGGGAUGAUUAUAAAGAGAAGCAGACAGUGAAGCUAUUCAACGUGAACCUACGAGAAUUAUUUACAAAGGCUAUUCUGGCAAGGUUUGUGCGGUUCAAUCCGAAAAACUGGACUAAAACCUUGUGUAUGCGUGCAGGAAUUUUAAGUAAAGCUAUAACAGCACCUCUAGGAAUGUCAAAAUGGAGAAUCGCAAAUUCUCAAAUCACCGCGACAAGUCACGCUGGUCCUGGUACCGAGCCAUGGAGAGCUCGCCUUAACAGUGACGAUCUGAGUGACGCGUGGUGUGCAGGAGAAGACGUGAUUGGCCAGUACUUGAACAUAGAUUUAUUAUACGAACACAGCGUCACCCAUAUUGCCUUGCAAGGUAGAUUCGCGACGGCUUCAGAAGCCUGGGUAAUUGAUUACCAGUUGUUGUACAGUAUGGAUAAUAUAGUUUGGAACUACUACGUUAAUGCCUCAUACGUUAAGAUAUUGAAGGGCAAUGUAGAUUCAUUUGCUGUUGUUAAGGUAGCCAUUGAUCCCCACAUAAGAUGCAGAUACAUAAGAAUACAACCAACCACUUGGCAUGGCCGAAUGUGCCUCAAGACAGAAAUUUAUGGACAUUCAAUUCUAGGGCCAAUCGGGGUCAACAAUGGCGACGUUCCAGAUACCUACAUAUCGGCCUCAACUUAUAAGCCAAAUCGAGAGCCAUGGAAAGCAAGGCUGAACCGUAACGAUAAUAACAAUAGUAUCGGCUGGGAGCCUUUGACAAUCGACUUGGCCCCAUUCCUGGAAAUAAAAGGAAUUCAUCAAAUGCGUGUGAUUGGUGUUUCGACUCAAGGAAUUCAUUCUGCCACCUACCCUGCAUUUGUUACAAACUAUACAUUGAAAACUAGCUUAGAUGGUCUUAAUUGGAUUGAUUAUGUUGAAGAUGGGAUCCAAAAAAUAUUUAAUGGGAAUAACGACACCUUCAGCGUCGUGACUAAUAUUUUGAAGUCCGAAAUAACUGUCAAAUCUGUGAGGAUAGUCCCCGUCAAUUGGACAAACGGUGUUUCUUUGAGAGUUGAACUGUUCGGAUUAUCGGUUUUACCAAGGGACGGCCAUUACACUCUUUACUCAAACUGGUCCGCAUGUAGCGCAACUUGUGGACCAGGUUUUCAAUACAGGACAAGAAACUGUUCAAAUCCUGAGCCCUUGUAUGGCGGUAAAAACUGUACUCGGCUUGGGAGCGAUACGCAGACGAGACUGUGCAAUGCUCCUCUAUGUCCUGCUCCCUUUUACGCUGCCCCGCCAAUUUUCAAGAAAGAUCAACCUACAACAGUAAUGAUACAAAACUGUACAGCGUUAGACUUGACCAUUGAUUUUGGCGAUGGAACCAAGCUCCAAACUACUAACUGUUCCAUAGAACACACAUACAUUAUCGGCGGUAUUAUAGAAAUAGUGAUAUCUACUCCAAAUCACGAAGUCACAAGGAAUGCUCACUAUGUGGAGGACUCAAUUAAAGACUUCCAAGAACAUAACACUACAAAGGCAAUCCUUCUUGGCCGUAAUUUUACUAUCAACUGGAGGAUUGAUGGAGGAACGAUAUUACAGCUAGGUUUUAAUUAUGGCGAUGGUUCUUAUCAAAAUUCAACGUUGGUAACUAGAGACGGAUUUCAAACAGGCGUGGCUCUUCAUCAGUACAAUAUUCCAGGCGUUUUCCCAAUAGAGCUGAUUGUCUCAAAUCUGAUAAAUACAUCGGUAAUUAACUUGAAUGUUAUCGUAGAGCUUGCCGUCAAUGUAUCGUUGACUUUAUCGACCAAGACUAUAUUUGACCGUACUUAUGAGUUCGAUGACGUAAUACUUCAAAUCGAGGUUCUUAAUGGCUCGAACCCACACUUUGUUAUAAACACGGAUGAUGGAACUCCCUUGGUGAACCAAACAUCUACCACACUCAUACACAAGUAUCGCGCUGCGGCAUUAAGAACACCUAACAUCGUGGCGUACAACAACGUAAGUUCAUACUCUAGUGGAUGCAACAUUACAAUUAAUAAAAUGGACUUGAUUGUAAACGCUUCCCUAGAAGUACAUGAUACUAUCUAUCCUAACUCUACCUUCGUAAACCUGACGGUUCUUCUUGGAAACCCUUUCCUUUGUCUGAUCAAUCUUGGAGAUGGAACCUUGAUUAAUAGAACCUCUCUGGACAAUUCUACCCAGUUCGACCACAACUAUAUAGUUGGGGAAUAUACUAUAACAAUCAAUUGUAGUAACCAUCUAAGUUAUCAACUGCUGUCAGAGAAGAUUAAAGUACAAAGCGCAAUCCAGAAGGCUAGCCUGGCUCCAACAGCACCUGUAGUUGUGAACCAUACACAUACUUUUGUUAUAACCGCUGAAGACAAAGGCUCGAAUUCAUGUUAUGUGGUUCGUCCAGGUGAUGGUUCGACUUACGGGAUCGGUAAACCACAUUGUUUGAUUAAUCACCCUUCAGUUACAUUCCUGGAUAUGCAGAUACCAUUUUUGAUAAAACACACUUAUGGAGCUAUAGGUCUAUACAUGGUUACUGUUAGUGGAUCAAAUGCAAUUUCUUCAGUUCAUCUGGAAGAUAGAGCUGUGGUCGUCCAAGGGAGGUGCAGCUAUCCUAACAUCUCUCUUCUCAAUAUCGGCAACAAUAAACAAGACCCAACCAGAAUUACCCGAAUACAGUCUCUCUUAGUAUAUACUAAGAUAUAUAUAGACUGCGAUCCUACAACGCUUUAUAAUGUUGACUGGAACAUUAGUUUGGCUUCCAACAAUUCUAUUGGUUUGUCUUAUAAGACAUUCGAGACCCUGACCAUUUACCAAAGGACACUCGAUUAUGGUUUAUACCAAGUUAUUCUUAACGUGUCAAUGAGGGGCCUUGAUGGUGUCUACCAGUUUAAGCACGGUUUCAUCGAAGUCACUGCCAACGAUUUCAUCCCGAUGAUCCUGGGCGGCCAUUUUGUCAGGAGAGGAUUAAACAAGUCCAUAUACUUUGAUGCUUCCGAAACUUACGACCCAGACUUUACAACUGGCGAAGAUGCUUUUGAGUUUUACUGGUCUUGUUCGAAUGGUUUCUUGCCUUCCAUCGAAAGAAUCAAAGCGAUGUCUUCUUUUAAUCGUUCUGGGCUCCCUGUGUUUAACGAAUCGGGAUUCUGUCGAUCAAAUACGAACUUUUACAAAGGAAGAUCCAAGAUUAACUACACGACUAGUUUUAUGAGUAUAGGUGAUAAUUAUAGCGUCGCUGUUGACGUGUUUAAAGACGUUAAAGGAAUGAUUAGACAUGCACGGUUUGUUCAAAUUAUGAGUUUAGUCGAUGGCAAUGUUCCAAACCUUUAUCUCAGAUGUUUAAGGAAUUGCAUGGCUUUGGUCAAUCCAAAUAACAAGUUACAUUUAGAAGUCUUCUCUCCAGAUCUGACAGAUACUGCUUCUUAUCACUGGCGCCUCUUCCGUGAAGUCACAAGCAAUGGCACGUCCAAAUGGAUGGAAAUUGAAGAAUUGCGAAAUCUUACCAAAACAGAGUUAAACAACCGUUUCGUUGUCAUAGCUCCAAAUGUCAUAGCAACAGAAGAGAGGUACAAGCUACAGGGGACAGCAUGGAUGUCAGGCGGGCCACGUGGUUUGGCAGAAUAUAUUUAUUCUUAUAACAUGCCUCCUUAUGGGGGUUCUUGUGAUGUGGACAUCCCUAAAGGCAAUGCGGGUGACACUUUAUUCACAUUUAAAUGCAGUGACUGGAUGGACCAUCAUCUGCCUUUAACCUAUCAGCUGUAUUAUCAAACAAAUUUUGGUGUAGAGCUACUGCUUUAUCAUUCUGUCUUCCCUUCCUUUGCAAUUCCCCUGCCACUUGGUGAGGCUAGUAAUAACUAUACUCUGAACAUGACCAUGCGAAUUGUGGAUUCUCUGGGGGCGUACAACACAACACUUUUAAACACCAUGGUUGUGCGAAAUGAAUCUUCAAACAUGACGGCGCUUCUCUUAGGAUAUCUUAACUUCGUGGAUGGCACUGAGCUUCGGGACUUGAUGAAUAAGGGAAAUCUGCUGGACGCAAGCAUUAGAUUCAUGUCCAUGUUGUCUGUACUAAACAGCAUGGAAGGUGACCAGGGUCACCUGUCUCUCAGAAUACAAAUUCGGACCAAAAUCGCUAAAAUCUUAUCGCAGUGGGAGUCAAGGGGCUUAUUAAAUGUACAAAUUCUAGCAUCAGCGUUGUCGCAAGCUAUUGCCUUGCGUGAGGAAGUGUCAGUCGCGACUCAGAGGCACUGCCUAAACUCCUUGUCUGACAUGUCGGAUUUCAUUAUUGACCAGUCACGUGAUCGAUCCGUAUCGGAGACUACUGUGGCGGACACAAUACAGAUUCUUUUCUAUGGGUUGAGUAAUACUAUUUCAGCCUCGUCAGAUUCCGCAAAGGUGCCUUAUAUACCAGGCUUGAAAGACAUAAACAUAACGCUUCCAAAUUCAAACCUGACGUUAGGUGAGACGUCACGUCCAAGCGACAUUCGUCUAGAGGCUGUUCAGAUUUCCAAAGAUACUAUUGCAAAGAUUGAUGACUUGGCCAAAGAAUCACUAAACAGGCUUGCAUCAGGCGAAGAGCCAUUUAAAAUUGAUGUUCCAAUUCUAUCCAUGUCACUUCAGCGCAUCAACGCAGAUGAUAUAGACAAUAUGUUUUUCAACGUUGGAAAAGCUUCUGUUCGAUUUCCGAACUCUUACACUUUGUUUGGAGCAUCACACGGCAUGGAUCAAGUAGGUGUUAAGUCAAUGAGAAUGAAACGUAAUGUUUUUACUUGGAACUUAAACUGGCUUCGAGUCAAAACAGAACUGCUUCUCGUCGAGUUAAAAGAUCCAGUUCAGGAGACUCUGUCCGUGUCUCAGAUAUCACAACCAAUCCACCUCAUCAUACCUCGUGCAGCUUCAUUAUUUCCUCCUCCAGAAACAAGCUUUAUUAGCAAGGAAAGACAGAGUCUCGCUUUUCAUCAGUUCAAUAUCACCUCUUUAAAGCCCAUGAAUAUUAGAAUCUUGCCAGUUGAAGGUAAAGUUUCUUUUGGUAUAUACUGGAAGUAUGCGAUGCGGCCCGAGUUAAACAGUGAAGACUUUGUUGGACGUUUACCUGACUUUUCCUCCUGUAAAUCGAAAGGCACUUCUUACACUGAUUGUGAAAAGGAUCCCUAUACGAUAUUUAUUGACACUACUCGGCUCGAUCAACUUGGAAAAUAUUUUCUUGGAGUUCAAACCUUAGACGAUUACCCGGUCAAUAAAAAAGAAAGAGUACGGAGAUCGGCGUGUGAAGGGAGUGGCCGCUCUAAGAGAUCAUGCUUGGAGUACAAGACCCCUCCGCCAUCACCUUCACCUAAUAUGGGAGGACCAAUCCAGUACGAUCCUCGCUUUCAUUUUAACUACACCAUACAGAGGUUUUAUUCUCCUUGUCUGUUUUGGGAUGCUCAGAAUGACACGUGGAGUGAACAAGGGUGUAGCACAGGAAAUUUCUCUACAUACCAACAUGUACACUGUAAGUGUACUCAUCUAACUUCUUUUGGGGGAGACCUGCUUGUAGCUCCAAAUCCAAUCGACUUCGACAAAGUUUUCGCAGGGUUUGCGAAUAUCUCAGACAAUAUGGCGGUUCUCGGAGUCAUAAUCACAGCAUUUAGUAUCUAUACAAUACUAGCUGUGUGGCUGCGAAGGCUGGACAAGCGAGAUGCAGCUAGGGGUGGAAUAUCAGUGAUAAAAUCAACAAUAGACUCCACGGAAGACCAUCCUUACGAAGUGAUUGUGCAAACAGGAUCAUGGAGCAAUUCCGGGACCUCUUCUAAUGUCUUUCUUACUGUCAUCGGCGAAGAAGGUGAAAGUGCAGCAAUCCACCUCACAGACAAAUACAAAUCACUAUUCAAUAGAGGAGGAACAGAUGAAUUUAUCGUUCUCUUACCCAAAGACAUUGGGAAAAUUCAUUUUUUGAGGAUAUGGCACGAUAUGACUGGGCCAAGUUCUUCUUGGUACUUGAACUAUAUCAUCGUUCGUAACAUAAAAACUGGAGCGCAAUUCAACUUCGUGAGUGACCAAUGGUUUGCCUUGGAAAAGGAAGAUGGUGCAAUUGACAGGGUACUUAGAGUAAGUGCUAAAGAAGAGAUGACCAACUUCAAGACUUUAUUCCGACAAAAGACUGAGAAGGAUAUCUGUGAUGGACAUCUUUGGAUCUCGGUAAUGGCCAAGCCACCCAAGAGUACCUUUACUCGGGUACAACGUCUAUCCUGCUGCAUGUCUUUGCUGUUCACUUCUAUGAUUACCAACGCCAUGUUCUACAAUAUUGGAAACGAACCAGAUACUUCUUCUAUAACUCUUGGUCCGAUCACAAUCAGCAUCAAACAAAUAAUCAUAGGAAUUCAAAGUAGCUUUAUUGCGUUGCCUAUAAAUAUCAUUAUCUUGCAAAUCUUCCAAAAAGCUAAAGCGAAAGAAAACACUAUGACACCUAACUACAAACAGCCCUAUUCAACUUGGCAAGAUGAAGGUGACGCACAAAGUAAUAAACGAAAAGAUGGAAGCUCUAAUGCCGAGAAGAAGGGGUUGCCCCAUUGGACGGUUUAUAUAGCAUGGACUCUUUGUGUCCUUGCUACAGUGGUUUCGGCAGCGUUUACUCUUUUUUACAGCAUGAUGUGGGGCAAAGAAACUUCAAAUAAGUGGAUCUCAUCAAUGCUGGUAUCAUUCUUUCAGGACGCUUUUGUCACGCAGCCAUUAAAAAUCUUUCUCUUAGCACUCUUCAUAGCAACUUUCUUGAAAAAAAUUCCACAGGAGUUUACCAAAAAAGACACAAAAGAGCAAGAACUAGAUUCCCUUCAGGUACAAGAGCCUGGCAAUUCAAUUUUUAAUGAGGACAUGAUGGCUUCCAUAGCCUCGCGUUGUCAGCCUCCUAAUGAAGAUCUGGUCAGGAGAGCAAGAGAUUACAAGAUGAAAGAGUUACGCAUGCAUGGUAUCAUCAAGGAAAACAUAUUCUUCGCUGUAUUUUUGUUGGCGUUAUUGGGUGUUAGCUACUCCAUAAGAGAUUAUGAAUCCUUCCGACAAACCAGUAAUAUCAAAGCAAUGUUCACCGAGCAGGUCAAUGAUAACGUCACCUUGUGGACUUUCGUGGAAAACACUGUUCUGAAAUUUAGCUUCUCGCGCCAAUGGUACAACGGCAGAGCUGAUGGUGCCGAAGGAUUUACAGAGGAGAAAAAAUACUAUAUGGUUGGAAUGCCUAGAUUACGACAAGUGAGAGUCAAAAAAGAAAACUGCACGUUAACGAUAGUCAAAAGUAUAACAACACAUUGCGUCGGCGAAUAUUCCAUACCGAAUGAAGACACAUCCUACUACCUCCCUGGCUGGAAAGAACCAGGCAACCUGACCAGCGAAGCUUGUCCCAUCCCUUGGAGGUACCAAACGUCUUGGGAACUAGACGGAAUCCCAUUAUGGGGACACAAGGCAGUGUAUAACGGGGGAGGCUUCACCGCUGAUUUGGGUUACGAAAUGUGGCAGGCAGCAGAUGUAGCGUCAACACUGAAAAAGUACAACUGGGUUGACGAGUUGUCCAGAGCUGUGGUGGUGGAAUUUACCAUAUUUGAUCCACACGUGAACUUGUUUAGCAUGGUUACGUAUGUUGUUGAGAUCACCGGAACCGGAAGUGGUUCUUCGUUUGUUAAAGUCGACACAUUCAAGCUUUACCUGCACCUUGGACCAUCCAAAAUGCUUCUGAUAUUCUGUGAAGUCUUGUCAAUCAUCAUCUGCCUGAUUCUGACCUUCUACACCUGUAAGAAAAUCAAAACUGAGGGGUUGAAGUACUUCAGGAACAAAUGGAACCUCCUUGAAAGCGCUCAGCUUGGACUGUGCUACGCUGCUGUUGGCUUAUUCAUAGUUCGUCUCACAUUCACUGCCAAAGCCAUCCAGAAACUACAAGAAAAUCCCUUCCUUUUUGUGAGUUUUCAGUACAUCGCUAAAUGGCACGAGGUCAAUGUUUAUGUUAUAGGGAUCAUUGUAUUCAUAGCGACCAUGAAAUUCCUUCGUCUCAUGAAAUUUAACCGCCAUAUUGCAAUCCUGUCCAGAACAAUUUCAAAUUGCCUCAAAGACGUUGCCAUCAUUGGGUUUCAGGCUCUGUUAGUCUUCACGGCAUUCUCCAUCUUUGCUUAUGUGACUUUUGGCACUAAAAUGGAAGACUUUUCGACUUAUAUUUUGGCGCUUCAAAGCCAGUUGACGAUGAUGCUUGGCAAGGGAUACUUUACCGAUUUGUCUCAAGUAGAUCCAGUCUUGGGACCCGUUUACUUCACACUCUACAUAUUUGCUAUGAUGUUCUUUCUUCUUAACAUGUUCAUAGCUGUUAUAGCCGACUCUUAUGCAGAAGAGUGCACUGGAGUCGAUCCUGAUUCGGAGGAGUUCGUCAUGGCAGGAUUCAUGAUGGAUAGACUAAGAUCAUUGUUUAGUAAAGAGAAGCAAACAACUGAACCGUGGGUGGAAAUCAAAUGUCCAGAGUACAAAGACUGGCCUGGGACGAAACAAGAAGCGCUGUUUGAAAAAGCGCGCCAAAGUCAUGAAAUGUUGAAAAUAAAGGAGAAACAGCUGGAUUACAUCAUGCAAGGCCUGUUGCAUGCGGAGAAAAAUAUCGCAAAGUCCGAGGAAAGCAUUGCUUGGAAAACUAUGGCAAUAUUGCCAUCACGUGAUAGUAAAAAGUAUAAUAAAGUUGCACUGAUGAUUUUGUUGACUGAAGAAUACAUCGACGAGAAUGAGGAAGAGGCAGAUUGUUAGAAUAGCUAAGGCUUGAAGUUAAUUGAAGUUACUUCACCAAAUGACUUUGGAUUAAAAGAAGGCAGGAAAGCGGCAAAAAAGGAUGCACGCAGGAUUGAAAGCGAAAAAUUAACAUGACAAAUCAAAGAUGAUUUGAUGAUUUUAUUUAAUAAUGAAUUAUGACUUAUUAUAA